AUGACUAAACAUUUUAUUAUUAUCUUUCUUUUAAUUACUGUAAUAUCGACAAUAUCGUCGUUAGCAUUAGCUAUUAAACCUAUAAAUCGACGGAGGAGAGAAUGUUUAAACAAAAUUGUCCCUAAAUUAUUAAAAUAUCCACUAAACAACACUUAUUGUGACUACAUGAGAUCAUGUAAUGUACCCUGUGACAAGAAUUUAAUCCCACCUACUGACAUCCAAUUCUUUGAUCAAUCGUCUAUGCCAAUAGAACGUCGAACAACGUUUACUACUAAUAAUAAUAAUUGUUUAAGACCAAUAUCAUUUUUACAAACUACUAACAGUAAGUCUUGUGUUAAAUUUACUGAUUGUCGAAAUGUCAGAUGUGUAGGUGAGACCAAACGCGAUGUUGAUUUUAAGAGAAGAGCUUUUAUUGCUUUUGAGGCUAUAGCAUGUGUAUCAUCCGUGGUGUUGAUGGCCGCCAUAGAGAUUGGAACGGUGGGUUGGGCAACGCCAGCUUUAGUUUCUCCAGUGUUGGGAGGUGCAUGUAGUAGUUUCAAAUCUGUUUCGGAUUUUAUUGAUAAUAUUGGAGAAUUAUUUGGUUGGUGGUAA